AUGGCUACGAAUAAUUAUUUUGGAUUUACACACGGAGGUACUCAAUAUAGUGCUACAGCUACCGGAGCUGCAUAUCAGGCCGGACAAGCAGGUUAUGCUGUAGCUGCCCCUGCAACCGCCGCCGCGGCCACAUACGGAACACAAAGGGCCCCGGGAUACGAUACCGCCUACCAGGCGGCCGCAGCCUCCCAAGGAACCUAUGCUGCUGUCGGAACCGGCGCCACACCGGCUUACGAAUACGGUUACGGUCAAACUGCUUCAGCUGGUUACGCUGGUGGAUACGAUCAAACUGCAUCAGCAGCCAAACCAGCUACUUAUGCAACAACUUACACCCAAAGAGCAACAGGACAACAAGCUCAAGCAGCGACUGCAGCAGCUAAGCCUGCACAAUAUACAGGCACUUAUCAGGCUAACGCAACUGGCUACCAGGCCACAUAUGCUCAGCCAGCUGCACAGACCACAAUAGCUGCGCAACCUACCACACAGGCAAAACAAGCUAAUUCGGCAACAACCUAUUCAGGAUACGACGCCGCCCUAUACUCUGCGGCUACUAUGUACGUUGCCCAACAAUCUGGCGGAGCCACACAACAGAAAGCCGGCUGGCAAGGAUACAAAAAAGGAGGAAUUGGAGCCAAGAACAUGAGGACCAAAGCUCCACCCAAACCUCAACAGCUGCACUACUGUGAUGUUUGCAAAAUCAGCUGUGCUGGUCCCCAAACCUACAGGGAGCAUUUAGAAGGACAAAAACAUAAGAAGAGAGAAGCUGCGACCAAGAUGGCCGCCUCAGUGGCUACUACAAGCCAAAAUCGUGCUGGAAAUUCCUUGAGAUGUCAAUUGUGCGAUGUGACAUGUACUGGUAAUGAUGCGUAUGCUGCCCAUAUUCGCGGCGCCAAACACCAGAAGGUCGUCCUGUUGCACACCAAGCUUGGCAAACCAAUACCGUCGCAGGAACCGGAAGUGGUCGGCGGUGCCCGUAAGUCCGUCUCGUCGACGCCAAAGAUAAACUUUGUCCAAUCGGGCGGUCUGGGCAUUCCCGCAGGUAACGGCGACUUGAAGGACGACGACGUCGAUGACACGCCCGAACCGGACAUCCAACCCGUAGGUCAGGACUACAUUGAAGAGAUCAAGAGCGACGACGGGAAGGUAGUGAUCAGUUUCAAUUGCAAAUUGUGCGAAUGUCGUUUCAAUGAUCCCAAUGCCAAAGAAAUGCAUAUGAAGGGCAGAAGACACAGGCUUCAAUACAAGAAGAAAGUAAAUCCAGAUUUGGUUGUCGAUGUCAAACCAUCUCUGAGACAAAGAAAAAUGCAAGAAGAAAAAAUGCGUCGCGCUGCUUUGCGUGAGGAAUUCUGGUCCAGAAGACAUUACAAUAUGCCUGAAGAUGAGGAAGCCAUUUAUUGGGAAGAUCGUAGACGAUAUGAAGAAGAGUACAUGGAAAUGAUGCGUAGAGGAAAUAUGGGACCAUUCCCAAGAGGAAGGGCUUUCCCAGGUCCAAUGGCAAGAAGGGCCGAAUCUAGCGAUGACCGUCAUGUGAUGGCUCGUCACUCAGAAAUCUAUCCUAAGGAGGAGGAAUUGCAGGCCAUCCAGCGCAUCGUGUCGCACACCGAGCGCGCAUUGAAAUCGGUUUCCGACCAGCUGGCCGAGGCUAAGCCGAAUGAGCAACCGGCCACUGCAGCGGCCGCCGCUGCAGCUGCGCCUGCCGCCGCUUCCGCUGCUGCUGUCCCAGCACCAGGGGGAGCCGCCGCCAAGACAGAAGCCAAGACUGAAACGGAAAAAGCAGGGGAGACGAAAGAAGAUGGUCGUGACAAUCAACUAUUUUCUUUUCAACAAGACCGUGACGCCAACAGGAUUUUGAAGGGCGUGAUGCGCGUCGGUCACCUCGCCAAGGGUCUCUUGCUGCGUGGCGACACCAACGUGGAGCUGGUCGUGCUCUGCGCAGACAAGCCCACGCUGCAGCUGCUCAAGAAGGUGGUGGACCUGUUGCCGACCUACUUGAAGCAGGUCGCACCAGAGAACACUUACACCGUGACCAUGAACGCUCCGGAAGCCGGAUUGACCGUGUCCGGAGAUGGAUUGACCGUUUUAGUUCAGCUGACGAGCCCGGUGAUGCGGGAGCAAGAAGCUGCGAGCGGCGGGUCGGACCGGGAUGUUCUCUCACGCGGCAAGUGUCUCCAGGCGCUGGCAGCCCUCAGACAUACCAAAUGGUUCCAGGCUAGGGCUUUGGGUCUACAUUCAUGCGUGGUUAUUAUCAGAAUUCUUAGAGAUUUAUGUCAAAGAGUUCCUACAUGGUCACCCCUUAGUUCAUGGGCAAUGGAAUUGCUAGCCGAAAAAGUGAUCUCAUCUGUACCCGGACAAGCGCAACUUUCCCCUGGUGAAGCCCUAAGGCGCGUCAUGGAGGCUGUUGCCAGCGGCCUUCUUCUUCCGGGAGGACCGGGAUUGGGAGAUCCCUGCGAGAAGGAUAGUCCAGACGCGGCUGCUGCUCUCACGGCGCAACAGCGCGAAGAUUUAACCUGCUCUGCGCAAUACGCCCUUAGAUUGAUUGCCUACCGUCAAAUUUUCAAGGUUUUGGGAAUGGAUCCCUUGCCCACACAACAGAAGUUGUUCAGAAGAGACAGAUCUGCACGCAAACGUCGCCGUUCAGGUGGUGAACAAGCCGAUUCAGAAAGUGACACUGGUAAAAUGGUGAAAACCGAAGGAGAAACGCCAGUUGAGACACCGUUAAAGUAA